UGGAGGUUGAUGCAGGAGGGAGUGGAGAGGUGACUAUUGCAAGGCUGGAGCUGGUUUCUGCUCCCGUGCAGAGCAGCCUGAACAAGGACCUGAAAUUGCACACGCAGCCGCCCCCUGUCGGAGAAACUGGCCUUUGCCCUUCCUCUCCAAGGGGAUCUGGUGCUUUUAGUGCUUUUGUUUGCUGACCUGGGCUCCUGCUGGGAGGAAGAGCAGGAUAUAAAUCUAAUUAAUUAAUUAAUUAAUUCAUAAGGCUUGGGAUUCCCCCACCCCAGACAUGUGGCCAGUCUUUGCCUUAAGACAGAAUCUGACCGAAGAGGAAAACCAUCCGUCGGUCAUCUUGGAGGCUGUCUUGGAUCAAGAACUGAAGACAGAAGAGGCAGACUCAGCUGGCCUUGAAGUAGGAAGCAGCCCUGAUGCCAUCAGAUGUAGAAGUAGUGGGGAAUUCUGGGACAGAACCGUGCAGGAGAUCAUCAUCAAGGAGGAGAGUCUCACAACAGAUGUGCCAUCGGAGGACUUUAGGCAGAUCAACUAUUGGGAAACCGAGGGGCCCCGAGAGGUCUGCAGCCGACUCUACCAUCUCUGCUGUCAGUGGCUGAAGCUAGAGCAACACACAAAAAGUCAAAUGCUAGAUCUGGUGAUCCUGGAGCAGUUCUUGGCUGUCCUUCCACUGGAGAUGGCACGCUGGGUGAGGGAAUGUGGAGUGGAGACCACUUCCCAGGCAGUGGCCCUGGCCGAAGGUUUCCUCCUGAGUCAGGCAGAGGAGAAGAAGCAGGAGGAGCAGCAGGGCCCGUUUGCGGCAGAGGCCUCUGAUUUUCCCGCACCAGAGAAGACCCCAUCGGAUUCCCAGAAGAGGCUGUUGUCCAAAUGGAUCAAGCAGGAGGAUGGAGGAGACGUGCCAACCAUAGCGGCGGUAUGUUCUAACUCAUCCCUUCCUUCUGGUACAACAGCUUCUGAGCAACUGGAUCAGGUGUCCUUUGAGGAGGUGGCUGUGGAUUUCACUGAGGAGGAGUGGACCUUGCUGAACCCAAGACAAAGGGCCCUGCAUAGUGAAGUUAUGGCCGAGAACUGUAGGAUCGUGGCCUCUCUGGGGGAGAAACCAUAUAAAUGCUUGGAGUGCGGAAAGACCUUUAAUUACAACAGAAACCUUACUUCCCAUCAUCGAAUCCACACGGGGGAAAAGCCAUACAAAUGCUUAGAGUGUGGAAAGAGCUUUAGUGACAAGAGAACUCUAAUAGAUCAUCAAGGAAAUCACACAGGAAAGAAACCAUAUACAUGCCUGGCAUGUGGGAAAAGCUUUACAUGGAAGGGAAGCUUCACUAUACAUCAAAGAAACCACACAGGGGAGAAACCAUAUACGUGCUUGGAGUGCGGAAAAAGGUUUAUGUGGAAGAAAAGCCUCACUAUACAUCAAAGAAUCCACACAGGGGAAAAUCCAUAUAAAUGCCUGGAGUGUGGAAAAAGCUUUACACAGAAGGGGCACUUUACGGCACAUCAAAGAUCUCACACAGGGGAAAAGCCAUAUAAAUGCCUGGAGUGUGGGAAAAGUUUUACACAGACAUCACAUCUAACUACACAUCAGAGAUCUCACACAGGGCUAAAGCCGUAUACUUGUCUGGAGUGUGGGAAAAGCUUCACUGCAAAGGCAACCCUCCAUUCCCAUCGAAGGUCUCACACAGGAGAGAAGCCGUAUAAAUGCCUGGAAUGUGAGAAAACCUUCAGUAUAAUUUCAAACCUUAGAAGACAUGAAAGAAUGCACAGUGGGGAGGAGCCAUACAAAUGUUUUGAGUGUGGAAAGAGUUUCAGCGAUAAGACAAGUCUUACCGAUCACCAAGAACGUCACACAGGGGAGAAACCAUAUCCAUGCCCGGAGUGUGGAAAAAGCUUCGCACAGAAGAAAAGCCUCGCUAUACAUCAAAUGAGUCACACUGGGGAAAAGCCCUAUAAAUGCCUGCAAUGUGGAAAGAGCUAUAAUUACAGGAAAAACCUCACAUAUCAUCAACAAUGUCACAUAGUAGAGUAAUUGUAUAAGCACAUAGAGUGCAGAAAAAACUUCACAUGAAAGACAACCCUAACUGCACAUUAAAGAAUAUACACCGUGCGAAGACCGUAGAAGACUAGGAGUGCAGAAUGACUUUUAUGCACAAUUUAAUCCUCAGAUAAAUUUUCGAGUGCCUGAUGGUGAAUGUACUGAAUCUUAAUCCAGGCAAGCUUGGGGACGCUAUUGGUGGGAGUUCUGUUGAUCAAGAAGGGUGAGGGAGGAAGUGUCGACCCUCUUUUUUUAUUCCAGGCUCAAUCCAAAGUGUGGAUCUUGACCUUUUAAAGCCCUGAACAGCCCGGGGCCAGAGUAUCGUCUCCAUGGCCAUAAACAAGAUGACACUGCAGGUGUGAGCAUGAAAUAUAUGCGCUGAUGUUUCUUGGAAUAACAUCUUUGUCUGUGAUUGAUUUGUUCCAGGGCAGAAGGGGCAGUAUUUUACCACGAGGAAAUAUUUCAUUCUUCCCGAGAGCACAGCCAGUUCUACUGAGAUUGCUGUGCAGAUGCCCUGAAAUGUUGCUGUGCGACAUAACGAGUGAGACAACACCCACCAUUUCCCCCACCCCUCUUUUUUGAUAGCGAUCAGGCGGUUGGCUUCCCCAACACUGUCGCCCUGGGCUGCUGCUGGGAGGAAAGGCGGGAUAUAAAUCAAAUAAUAAAUAAAUAAAUAAAAACACUUUGCUUGUCAGAUUCCUGUCCAAACUUGCCCAGUCCCUGAAAUCUUUGGCUUAAGCUCCUACUCACCAUCCCAAAUGGAAACUCAAGCAGAACAUAAGACCAAAAACACGAGCCUUUUAAAUCCCUUGAAUUGUCACUCAGGAAUAUCUCCCCACUUCAGUUUAUGCGAGAGCCACUGUGGUGUAGUGGUUAAGGUGUUGGACUACGACCUGGGAGACCAGGGUUCGAAUCCCCACAUAGCCAUGACGCUCGCUGGGUGACCUUGGGCCAGUCACUGCCUCUCAACCACCUCUGAAUACUGCUUACCAUGAAAACCCUAUUCAUAGGGUCGCCAUAAGUUGGGAUCGACUUGAAGGCAUUUCCAUUCCAUCAGUUUAUGCAUCUCAUCCCCCCGUCAAUCAGCUCUCUGUGUCAUGUUCCAGCAGAGAGGAGGUGCCGGGUGCAUUUCCACUUGCAACACCUAGAAAAGGCUGCGCUUUCUUGACUUGAGGAAAUUUGGAAAUUGCUGUUGAAUGAUUAAAUGCUAACUGGUUGUUGCCUCAUUACCUAAGCAUCCCUAAAAUAUGUGAAUAAUAAUUAGCAAUGAAUCCCGAGGAUAUCAGCAAAUGAAACAUUCCUCUUCCCCUGCGAUCCUUGUCAUUAUUUAAUCCUUCUGUAACUUUAUACAUGUUUUUUUUUAAUUCUGAUGUUGUUUUCAUGGAAGAGCUGGGGCAGGGGUUAUAAGUUGUGUUUGAGCUGUCUUUUCAUAUUAGUCUUUCUGUUAUAUUUCUAAGCCACCCUGGAAUACAGGUGGAGUGUAAUUGUCCAAAUAAAUAAAUAAAUCUUC